AUGUCUCUCCUCGGAAAGAAGUUCCCCGGCGCUCUCGCCAAGCCCAUGACCCCCUUCUUCGCUGCCGGUCUUAUCGUCUUGUACGGAGUCAACUCCCUCCAGAAUGCUCUGAUCAACACUGCUGAGUUCAAGAACGACCCCCGCAACCCCAACGCUAAGGUCGGUGGCGACGCUAAACCCGAUUUGGAUUAUCCGCAUCUUUUCGCGAUCCGCUUGCCGACGACGACGUUCCUCCCCAGCUUCAAAUCCAACUCCACUCCCACAUCAGAAGUUGUCAACAUGUCAAAAGUAGCAUCCUUGUUCCGCCCUAAGAAGCUGGAUCUCUCCGGCUUCGUUAACAUCCGUGUAAUCCGAGACCACAACCGGCGCAAUGCGUUCGAGAAGACCGAGCCUGAACGACAAGCACUCCGCUAUGUGAUUCGCAACACAAGUCUCCCAGGCCGAGUCCGUGCCCAGGCCCAGCUUCAGCUUUCUCAGAUGGAGGCCUACACCCGUCCAACUCAGAUCAAAAACCGAUGUGUGGCAUCAGGAACUUCUCGUAGUGUGUUCCGGGAUUUCAGACUCAAUCGGUACCAAUUCCGUAUGCAGGCUCUUUCUGGUGAAUUACCUGGCGUCAAGAAGGCAAGCUGGCUCACUUCCAAUUUGUAUACUCUACUUGGUGCCUGGAUUCCUUAUUUGUUUAUCAAACACAUGGCUUUCUGUUCAUUCACCUUCACCAUGUUGAUUUUCAACAACACCUUCUGGUUUCUGUUAAUCUUUCUCGUCAACACUUUCCUCCUCUACCAAUAUCUAUUCACCACGCAUCUCUUCUUCCGCUGCCAUAUUCUUAUCAAUUUCCAACUCCUUUACCUGCUUCCACUCCUUUGCUCCUACUUGAAACAACUGUCUUCCAGUAUGUUUAUCUUCAAAGAUGAGGACCUUCCGGCGGAUUUCACCUUCCCUAAAGACCUGAAGAGUCUUGGAUUUUUCAUCAAUGAAAACGAUCAGAUUCGCAAAAUUGACAACCCCGACGAAGGCUUUACCUAUCGCAUCAACCACAAUGAUCGCUACAACCAAAAGCAUCGCGAGGCAGUCAAUGGGUGCACCCGCCAGAUUGUCCUUGAUCGUCUGCACAAUCUUGGGUUGACCGAGUACCCCAUCCCCGAGCCCGACAUGAUCUCUGACGAUCUGCGUCAGAACGUGGAUAUCCCCGUGAUUCCUAUUCUAAUGACAGAUAACUGUUACUCUGCAAAGCGAAUUGUGAUUGUUUUGGGCGACCCUGGCCAGGACCUGGGUAUCUGGAGUUACCGAGCAAUUGGAGAAGAUGGAAUCAAUGCCGGCUCCAUGGUUGAUUUUGCAAAGGCUGUUCUGGGCGUCGGCGAGAACAGGAGCACUGAUAUCGCUCUGGUUAUUGCAAACACUGGCCAAUUGCUUUAUAGCUGGGCCGAGGGUAAAGCCAUGACCCAGGAAAGCUGGGUCGCCGCUGAUCGACCUUACGCCACUUGGGGACAGCCAACCCUGACCUUUCGCAACAAGGCACCAACCAGCCAGACUGUAGCCGAGCAUGUGGCAGCAGUUUUCAUUGAAUACAUCUCGAAAGUCAUAAAAAUUGACUCCCAUUCACUCAUUGAUGUGAUUGGGUCUGAUUGGCGCCCGUACAUCAACGGAAUUGCCCUUGGUGCUCCCCUACAGAGCGAGUACGGUGGUCAGUUUGACCCCAAGCUUGUCGAUGACCUUACCACCUUCACAUCUUUCCUUGCACGCCGUGGACGCUCAUAUGUCCUACACAAGAAGCGUAUUGGCCGUUAUAUCCCAGGAGAUUGGGAGGUCACUGGAUGCAAGGUCUACUCUUCAGGAGAGGAGCUCAACCAGGAAUGUAUUCUCCGUCGGGCCUGGCCCGAUAUCAUUGACUGGUUGAAUCUCUUACAUCAGGAUCCCAAGUGGGAGGAUGACCUAAGUGCAGACGCCCAGGUGGAGUCAGACUCGGAGGAUUCGUCCUUCGAGUUCGACGACCACUGGGACGACGCCUGGGACUCUGAUCUUGGUGAGCCUGCAGAGAUUUCUGAUUCGGAGGUCGUCCCCGAGCUGGACCCUGUCAUUCAGACAGCGUAA